AUGACUGUGAAUGAGAUAUGCACAAUUCAACAGAGUCCUGAUCCCAGUGGUAGCCAAGGGGUCCCUAAAGCUGCUGAGAACUUGGCAUCUGUCCUUGAAGAGACAUCCACAGCACAACUUGAGUUGGAGGGGACCUCGGCCAUAGCAACAGCUUUUCUGGACAGUGUGGAGAGUGUCACAUUGGCAGCUUUUGUUAGUCCCUCUGAGAACACGAGUCAGACAGUGACGAAUGAAUAUCUAGAGAUCAAGAGCAAAGUCAUCCAAGACGACUGCCUGGUGGAAAAUCUAGUCUUGACCUUGUCAGCCAAAGGUGAUUCCAUGAAGAUUGAGUGCAGCACCAUAAAUGAAUCUGUACCCUCGGGCACAUUAUCAGGUAUCACGGGAGUAGCUUUCACCUCUCUCCUGGGCAUGGAGUCCAUUCUGGAUGAAAAGUUCUUCUACAACCCAGAAGCUAACUUGACCAGAUCUCCUUGGAAGCUUCAGAUGAAUUCUCGAGUCAUAGGUGGCAUCAUCACCGGUGAUAAGAAAGACAACUUCUCCAAUCCAAUCAUCUAUACUCUGGAGAACCUCCGGACAAAGAAGAGGUCGGACAUAUCCAUCUGCAUCACUUGGGAUCCAGAGAUUGAGGGUGGGCAGUGGACACCUACAGGCUGUGCGACACUGAACUCCAAUGAGAAAAUUACCACAUGCAGCUGCAAACACCUGGCCAACAUGGCUGUUAUCAUGGCAUCUGGGGAGAUCACGGUGGAUUUUGCCUUGUUUUUGAUAAGCCACGUGGGGAUGAUUCUUUCAUUGCUGUGUCUUGCCUUGGCCAUUGCCACUUUCCUGCUCUGCCGCUCCAUCCAGAAUCGCAACACCACCCUCCACCUGCACCUGUGUGUCUGCCUCUUCCUGGCAAAGCUCCUCUUCCUCGUAGGAGUGGUCAAGACAGAGAACAAGAUAGUGUGUGCGAUCAUUACUGGCCUGCUGCAUUACCUCUUCCUGGCCUGCUUUGCCUGGAUGCUGGUGGAGGCUGUGAUGCUAUUCCUGAUGGUCAGGAACCUUAAGGUUGUGAACUACUUUAGCUCCCGAAAUAUCAAGAUGCUCUAUCUCUGCGCCUUUGGCUAUGGUCUUCCAGGGCUGAUCGUAGGGGUAUCUGCAGGAAGCCAGUGGGAAGGCUACGGGAUGCAUAACCGCUGCUGGCUGAAUACAGACACUGGGUUCAUCUGGAGUUUCCUGGGACCUGUUUGCACAAUAAUAAUGAUUAAUUCAAUCCUUCUGAUGUGGACCCUUUGGAUCCUGAGAAAGAAGUUGUCCAGUGUCAACGCAGAUGUAUCGACCCUCAAGGACAACAGGUUACUAAUAUUUAAAGCCUUUGCUCAACUCUUCAUCCUGGGAAGCUCUUGGAUUCUGGGAGUUUUUCAGAUUGGUCCCAUAGCAAGCUUAACAUGGUAA